AAAUGAAUUUCCACGAAACAUGUUUUGGGGUCUGUUCGUCUAUUUAAAAUUAGUAUUAAACCGAAUAAACUUUCCAUUCUAUUCCAACUCAAUAAUCCUGAACUUACGUCUUCAUAGUGUUUACACGAUUACGAACGCAAAUUUUUAUCCAUAUGCAAUUAUACUGAAAUUGUGAAACUGAAAAAUGGGAAUCUGCAGUGCAGAGGGAUGUGCAAAUAAAAGUUAUAAAGACUGCAUGCUCUCAUUUCACAGUUUUCCAUUAGAAGAUCCUGUUAGAUUAAAAAAAUGGCUCCAGGCAAUAAAUAAGGAGAGCUGGACUCCCAAAAAAGAGCACAGAGUGUGCAGCGAACAUUUUCAACCAGAUGAUUUUCGAAGCAGUGGAAAAAGAAAGAGGCUUCGAAAAGAAGCAAUUCCGUGUCUUAAUUUGCAAAAAAACAACGUAGAAAAUACUUCUGGUAAAAAUGGAUCUCAAAUUACGACAUCAGGACAAAAUUCAAAUGUCAUCUGUAUUGCGGAGAAUCCUGCUAAAAAUGCAAAUUUAAAAAUGGCUCUUUCCCAGUAUUCAACGAGUAUGGGGGAUUCCAUCACGUAUAAUGUCAAUGAGUCGAAAAAACUAACUAAACCAGACAUGAAAAAUGUUGUGCAUGUCAAUCUUCUUGGUAAUUUAAAGACAAAGGGCAACGUUAAAAUGAUUCUUUGCAAGCGUUCAGCGAUCGAUCCUGAUGCAAGUGGAAGUUCAAAUGCCAAGAGCUUUGGAAAUAUUACUGCCGAUUCAAAAAUUAUUUUAUCAAAUGUAAAAAUGAAUCCUAAACAAGAAAUAUCAAGACUAAGAGCAACUAAUGAAGAACUUGUGAGAAAAGUGAGGUCUUUAGAAAAACUGGUGCCGAUAAAUGAGAAACUUACGGAAAGGGUAAUGUCCCUGGAGAAAUUAGUGCAGGAUUUACAAAUGAAAAACAAAGUUGAAACCAAAAUCGAAGAGGAGUCAUCUGCUGCCAUGCCUAGCCAAAAAGUAAAAAGCCAAAUUGUUGGAUUUCCAAGAACCGAAAUUUCUGUAUAUUCUUUACAAAAAUAUGUGGAUAGUGAUCACUGUUACAGUAGCUCGCCAAAGACUUUAAAGAGGAAGUUAUCAACAGGUUUAGAAGGAUUACGUGAAAAGAAGAAAAAAAUUAACACCUGGCAGCGACGUAUGUCCAGAUCACCGAUUAAACACGACAAAAUAAAAAGAAUCGUAAAAGAUUCGCCAGAUUAGAGUUAAAUUAUCAACUAAUAAAGUCUAAGUCGAGUGAUAAAAUACAUAUUUAGGGCCCCUUUCAGACAUUCAAAAAAAAAGUGUUAUGAAUCUAUUUUUUUAUUUCGAGAGGUCAAAAGGACAUGCAUAUUUUUAGCAACUUUAGAACUUAUACCAUCGGCAAUGAAAUGUGAUAACUAUAUUUUGUUUUAAUUAUUGAACUAGAUCAUUAUUAUAUGUUGAGUUGAAAAUA